AUGGUAGUCGGUAGUGAUAUCCUACCAAAAAUACAAGUCCCAGACCUUAAAAACGACAUCGGUGGAAGUCUCAUAGCCCAAAAUACCAUCUUUGGAUGGAUUUUAUGCGGACCUGUAGCACGACCGAUUACUUCAUUCAGUAUUCAAUUAAUCGAGACCAUGGCCGACCUCUUAGGUAAUCUGCUGAAGAAAUUCUGGGAACAGGAAGAAGUGCCAGAAGCCCAGACACAGACGGAUGAAGACACUAUCUGCGAGGAUCGCUAUCGGAAUGCCACUUACCGGAGAAAUGAUGGUCGAUAUGUGGUAAAACUCCCCUUCAAACCUGAAUUUCCCAACUCGAUGGCUUUAGGUCACUCAAGACUCUUAGCUCAGCAAAUCUAUGCAGAGGUCCUUGAAGAAUACCAAGCACUCAAUCAUAUGGAGCGAAUGAAUUCCCAAGAAAUCAUACGGGACGGCAAAUACUUCUCAAACUAUCUGCCACAUCACGCAGUAAUAAAACCCGAUAGCAAAUCCACUAAAGUCCGAGUGGUAUUCAACGCGUCUAAACUCUCUCACUCAGGUCUCUACCUAAACAACAUACUGCAUACAGGCCUCAUACCGCAAAAUGAUCUUAUGCUCGUAAUAAUCAGGUGGCGGCUAUAUAAGUAUGUUUCUAACGGCGAUAUUGAAAAAAAUUGUCGUCAGAUAUAUGUCCAUAAGGAAGAUCAAGACUUCCAACGGAUUCUCUUUCGCAAAUCCCAAAAUAGCCCAGUAGAAGACUACAAAUUGAAAAGAGUAACGUUUGAAUACUCGACAUCUGCAAGUGCCGUUUAUGCUGCCGCCCACAUUCCCUACGAUACUGUCGUGGUUUCCUGGCGAGGACGCCCGACGAGAGGUAUGAGUCCGCAAAAGCACAUCGCACCACCGGAGCAUGCGACUCCCCAGACAGUUGCCGUCGAUGCGGACUAG